AAACCUUGAAAGACUGAAACAACUCACAUACAUGCAUGUAGAUGAUAGGAGAAGAGUAGUUUUCAUAUGGUUCAUGUGCCAUUGUUGCAUCAUCUUCUUUGUCUCACUCUACCAACUUGUACCAGGUAAUUCCCAAAUAGUACACAGUAAACCAACCCCCACUUCCAUCCCUUACCUUUCAUUUUCUCUCUCCUCCCUCUUCUUCUCUCUACAACUGUGAUGAUUCCCCUUACUAUUUAUUCAUGCAUUCUCAUCCCACACUCAUAGCCCACUUCUCUUGUGCAUUCUGUGUUGGACUCACCUCAACUUUACUUGGGUUUCUCUCUCUAUAACUCUACUCUCUCUCUUCUCUCUAUCCUGUUCUUGUUGGAAUCACUUCAAGUUUCAGAGCGUCAUUUGGGUCUCUUUCUUUCUCUCUCUGUCCUCACAUAAAGCUCUCUGUCCUCACAUAAAGCUCAGCUCAAUUGAGUCUCCUCUCUCUCUUUCCUCCCUCCAAGGUUCAGUGCCAGUUUGAGUCUCUCUCUCUCUCUCUCUCUCUCUCUCUGCCAUUCGAGUGUCACUCACUCUAUCUCGAACUUGUUGUUAUAAUUUUUAAUCAAUAUUCUCUAAAUCAAUAUUCUCUAGAUUGACAGCCAUUGUGUAAAGGACUUCCCUCUCAUUUCAUAUGCAGCUGUAUUGAAAGUUUUUUUUUCUUCCAAGAACUACCUUAAGAAGAAGGUUGAAUUUCUCUUGCUUAUAUUAUUGUACUGAAGCAUGUAACUUUUUUGGCUAGUUGUUAGCUUCUGCUGCUUUAUGUUGUGUUUCCUCUUCCGAGCUUCCCCGAUAACUCUUGGGUAAUAAUGCUCAUUAUCCAUAUUUUUUAUCAGUGACUUGUAAUGGGUUCUCGCCAAUUGAUCUUUGCACUUCCUUUUGAUCUCUUUUAAAGCCAUUUUAUUUACUUUUUGCUGUUAGUUUUGACGGGUUUCAAAAAAAUAUGUAAAAUCUGCAUCAGUUUGCAAAUGUUUAAGGGUCUGUUCUGUUCACCAGUAUUCGGAUCUUAAGAUUUUUCGAUGGGGAAAAUGAAUUCGAGCCCUUAAGUUUGUGGUUGUUGAUCUACUGGGAGAUUUUAAAAAAGUUUUUGAGUGAAAAGAAAAACAGAAGGGCUUAUGGAUCUCUGUGGAAAGUUUUUUCGUUAGAUGAUAUUAGAUAAAAUGGAGGUUUUUUCCUAAUCGGAGUACCUGAUACUUUUUUUAUGGAAUUCAAGGAAGAAAGAUUUUAGGCUCAAUUCAUUCUAUUUUUUUUGAAACUGGAUCAGUUCAUAUUUAAUUUUCCAUAUAUAUAUAUAUAUAUAUAUAGUAUUUUUUUUUUAAUUUGGCUGUGAGUCCUAAUCCAUUCUUUCAUUGCUCAGUGUAGCAUUCCUUUUUUUAUUUUCCUGAUAAAAAAAUUUUAACUGACUUUUUGAUGAUUUGUAAUGUAGUCUUCGAAACUGUAGAGAGUUUACCCCUGGAACAACUUGAAGUUCCGAUUUUGAAAAUUAAUACAUCUGAAUGAUUCAUCUGUGUCAGUAAAUUUUUCAAUGAUAAAAGCUUCCAGUGUAGUUUCUGAUAGGUGUUCAGAUACUCAAGAGUAGGUUUGGCGCCUGAUGGAUCCGAUGCAGAUUUAGAUAGUAUGGUAAUGAAGCUCGACUUCCAUAAAGCUUAUCUCUCAGUGUUUUUGUGUUGCCAUUUCCCCCUGUCCAUUGAAAUAAAAGUGUUUUUGAAAAUUCAGUCCUUCCUCUUGUUCUACUUUUGAAAUCUUGUAUAUCGUACAUACCCAUUUUAGUUUUUUCUGUAAAUUGGCCAUGGAGGAGACAUUUGUUCCAUUCCGUGGCAUUAAGAACGAUCUUUCUGGGAGGUUGCUUUGUUACAAGCAAGACUGGACUAGUGGUUUCCAGGCUGGAAUCAGGAUCCUCGCUCCCACAACUUACAUAUUUUUUGCAUCAGCAAUUCCAGUCAUUUCAUUUGGGGAGCAGCUGGAGAGAAACACAAAUGGUAUUAUAACCGCAGUUCAAACUUUGGCAUCAACGGCACUUUGUGGCAUCAUACACACAAUUUUUGGUGGUCAACCUCUGCUGAUACUGGGCGUUGCUGAACCCACGGUUCUGAUGUAUACCUUCAUGUUUAACUUCGCCAAAGAUAGACAAGAUUUGGGACCAAAACUCUUUUUAGCUUGGACAGGAUGGGUUUGUGUAUGGACAGCAUUCUUGCUCUUCUUGUUGGCUAUAUUAGGGGCUUGCUCGAUCAUCAACAGGUUCACACGUGUUGCUGGUGAACUGUUUGGGUUGCUCAUUGCGAUGCUUUUCAUGCAGCAGGCUAUUCGUGGAGUUGUGGAUGAAUUUCGCAUUCCAAAGAGAGAGAAUCCUAAGCUCACUGAGUUUCAAGAUUCAUGGCGCUUUGGGAAUGGGAUGUUUGCCUUGGUUCUAUCCUUUGGCCUUCUUCUUACUGCAUUAAGGAGCCGCAAGGCACGGUCAUGGCGGUAUGGCACAGGUUGGUUACGAGGAUUCAUUGCAGACUAUGGAGUACCAUUAAUGGUACUCAUAUGGACCGCUGUAUCUUAUAUACCUGUACAUGAUGUCCCAACUGGCAUUCCUAGACGCCUUUUCAGCCCAAAUCCAUGGUCACCUGGGGCUUAUUCAAAUUGGACAGUAAUCAAGGAAAUGGUGAAUGUUCCACUUUUGUAUAUUAUUGGUGCAUUUAUCCCAGCAACCAUGAUUGCCGUGCUUUAUUACUUUGACCACAGUGUUGCAUCUCAACUAGCCCAACAGAAGGAAUUCAAUCUAAGAAAACCACCUUCUUUUCAUUAUGAUCUGCUUCUUUUGGGUUUCUUGGUCAUAUUAUGUGGCCUUUUGGGUAUUCCCCCUUCAAAUGGUGUUAUACCACAGUCUCCAAUGCACACAAAAAGUUUGGCUACUCUAAAACAUCAGCUGUUACGUAAUAAGCUCGUGGCAACUGCUAGAAAGAGCAUCAGUAAGAAUGAAAGCUUGGGACAACUGUAUGGGACUAUGCAAGAGGCUUAUCAUCAGAUGCAGACCCCUUUGGUUUAUCAGCCUCAAUCAGCUCCUGGACUAAGAGAGUUGAAAGAGUCAACUAUACAAUUGGCAUCGAGUAGUGGGAAUAUAGAUUCUCCUGUUGAUGAGUCAGUGUUUGAUGUAGAGAAGGAUAUUGAUGAUCUUCUACCAGUUGAGGUGAAAGAACAGCGCCUAAGCAACCUUUUGCAGUCUAUAAUGGUGGUUGGUUGUGUGGCUGCGAUGCCAUUGCUGAAGAAGAUUCCAACCUCUGUACUUUGGGGAUAUUUUGCUUUCAUGGCCAUUGAAAGCCUCCCAGGGAAUCAGUUUUGGGAGAGAAUUUUACUCCUUUUCACUGCUCCUAGUAGAAGAUACAAAGUGCUGGAGGAUACUCAUGCAUCAUUUGUGGAAACAGUUCCUUUCAAAACAAUUGCCACCUUCACCAUAUUUCAGACAGCUUACUUGCUCGUAUGUUUCGGCAUAACUUGGAUCCCUAUAGCUGGAGUUCUUUUCCCACUUUUGAUCAUGCUUCUAGUGCCUGUGAGGCAGUAUGUGCUACCAAAGUUCUUCAAAGGAGCACAUCUUCAAGACUUAGAUGCAGCAGAGUAUGAGGAAGCACCACCAUUGCCAUUCACUAUUGCUGACGAGAGUCACCAAGUGUUUGGAUCGGGCAUCAGAGGUGGUCAUGCAGAUGAUGCUGAAAUCUUAGAUGAUAUUAUUACCCGAAGUCGAGGUGAGAUCAGGCACACCCAUAGCCCGAAAUUAACGAGUUCGACUUCACUAGAAAAUGUGAGGUCCCCAUUUAGCCCUAAAUUCUCAGACAAGGCAUAUAGCCCACGUGUGAGUGAGCUCAGGCAGGAGUACAGCCCAAGGUCGGGCACAAAACACCCUGAGAUGAAGCAAACACCGAGCCCCAGGCCGUCUACUCUGGGACAGAGUUCUCGAAGUUCGCCUCAUAGCUAAUGCCUUGAAGCCCAGUUUAUACCACUCAAGGGUUCACAUAUGGAGCAAUCAAGUUGGCUAUCUAAAAUUGGUUAUUGAUCGUAUGUCAGUGAAUGUUCCUAUUCCUGUUCCUUCUUAUGUAUCUAAUCUUUUUUGACAUUGUAUUUUGUGUUACGUAACCCUCCCUGUCACCAUUGCUGUGAUGAGCAGAGCUGGAUAACUUUGUUGGUAUAUUGAAUUAAUGAAAGUCGAGCUUAAAAUA